AUGUCAUUUGUAUGUACCAUUUGUACAUUACCAUUUACCGGUAAUGGUACAAAACAUGCUUUGAUAUCUACAUACUGUGGGCAUUUAAUAGGAAAAUCUUGUAUUGAAAAAUGGAAAAAUAACAAACCAAUUGAUAAAUUUAGUUGUCCAAUAUGUUGUACAAAAUUAGAAGAAAAAAGUUACCAUCCAAUAUAUAAUUUUCCUGAUGAGUUUUUAAAUUUAACAAUUACUUCCUCAGAAAUACAGUUACCUUCAAAAGUUACAACAAAAUGUUUACCUAUAAAUGAUCAAAAAGAUGAAGGAAAAUUAAUAAAAAAAAAUGUUAAAAAUAUUUAUUGGAGUACCUGUACAAUUGCAACUUUUAAUAAAUGUCGUAAAGAUGUUAUAGAAUUUUGUCUUGGUUUUGAGGAAGGUGAUCUUUAUCAUGUUAUUAUAAAUUUAUAUUUUGAAAUACUUCGUGAAAGAAUACUUAUUCAAGAGAGUGAAAAAAUUUAUUCAAUAUGUUUUUUAGACAAAGAUAAGAUUGCUUAUUCAAUUGGAUGUGGAAAAGUUUUUGUAUCUAAUACAUUUAAUAGUUUUAAUAAAAUACAAUGGGAAAUUAUUGAUAAUUUUGAAAAAUAUAAUAUUAAAAAUCUUCAAAAAUUAACAAAACAUAUUUUUUUUGGAAAUGUUAAUGGUAAACUUUAUGCAUUUGAAGAACAUAAAUCAACAAAAAAUGGUGUCUUAUUUUUUUAUUAUGAAGAUAAAUAUGUUACAAAUUAUUAUAUUGAUCAAAUUAAUGGAAGUAUUUUUAUUUUUUGUAAUGAAAAAAAAAAUUUAGAAAAUGGUAUUAUGAAAUCUAAAUUAUUUAUAUAUCAAAAUGUUGCAAAUAUAUUAUUAAAAUUUUAUGAAGAAGAAAUUGAUAUAUUAUAUAAAAGUUAUAUACCUAAAGGUAUACCAAUUAACUAUAUAUCAUUGGGAGUAUAUUUUAAAUCAACAUUUUUUGUUCUCAAUGAUACUGGAUAUUCAUGUGUAUAUUUUUUUAUAUUAAAUUUAGAAAAAAAUUCUAUUGAAGUUAUUAUUUAUUCUUUAAAUUCUACUAGAUACAAAAAAUUAUUAAUUUAUUUAAAUGAAUUUUUUGAAAAUUUAAAUGAAUGUAUAGAUAUUCAUGUUCUUAAUAAUCCAAAAAUAUAUCUUACAAGGAUUAUAAAAAUACCAAUUUGUUUAUUUUUUAAAGAUAAAAUUGUUAAAUUUAAUUUUUUUAGUACUAUACCUGAAAAAUAUAUUUAA